ACACUUUCUGCCCGUCAGUGAUCAGAGAGGCAGCUCCAGCGAUUCGCUGAAUAGUCAAAGUCUCAUCAAAGGCUCAGAAAGAGAGAGGGAGAGCUCAGAAUGCUGGCUCCCACCUAAGUUUUCAGCCAAAGAAAUUAGUUAGUUUGUUCAAAAACCUGUAAGGGAUAAUAUUUCUUUAGCGACACUUGAGUAUUGGCAAUAGCUGUGGCGAUAUCCGUCUGGCUUUGGAUGCUGAAACUUGACAGCCAAGAUUGAGGAACACCAACGACGACUGAUCGAUUAGCUUCCAGAAUCGUGUAGCCUUUCCAAGACAUUGCUUUGUUGCAGAGAUAUUCAAAGUCAUGUCUCACUUUAAUCACGGAGGCGUACAUCAUGGUGGUAUCCACCAUGGAGGCGCGCAUCACGGAGGUAUCCACCAUGGAGGCUUACAUCACGGUGGUAUCCACCAUGGAGGCGCGCAUCACGGAAGAGUUAACUUCUAUCACAAUCGGAGUGGCAAUCGUGGCGGGGCCAUCACUGGAGUCCAGGGUGCGGCAGGUGCUGGAAGUGCUGUCGGCGCAAUAGUCAUGUUCAUGUUCGCCUUCUUCCUGUUCUUCGUCGGCGUGAUCAACCUGGCGCUUGGUAUCUCUCUGAGUGUAACUGCACAACUGGUGGCUGGCUGUAUUGUGCUCUGUAUAUCCAUUGGACUGUGUAUUGGUGGCACGCUGGCGUUUAAGAAAGCGAAGAGCAUUUCCAAUGGAAUUACGGGAACAACAGUAACGGUGGAGGCUAGUGCAUCCGGUGCCGCUCCAGUGGUCGAGGCUGUACCGUCCGUAGCUGUUCCGCUCGACCAGCAAUACCCAGCACCACCACAGGCAGCAGAUGCUAAUCCCGCCUAUCCUCCAGCGGGCACAGCAAGCACAGCCUAUCCAGUCGCAAGUGCUGUUGACCCUGCCGCCGCAUCCGCACCACCAGCAUACCCUCCAGCUGCCGGUACUCCCAACUAUGCCUCCCAGCCGACUGCUUCAGCCCCGACGUCAGCUGCCAAUCCGCCAUACCCAGUCCAAACCCCGGCAUACCCAGUCCAAACUCCGGCAUACCCAGUCCAGACCACGGCAUACCCAGUCCAGACCACGGCAUACCCAGUGGAUCAACCAGCUGCUGCCGGUGUCAGCGGGGACCUGCCUAGCUAUGAUGCAGUAACUGGCAAGGACUGAAAAUCCUUUGAGCAAUGGCAGCACACAGUCAAACGUCUCUCUACCAACGUAGCCAUGUUUCAUCAUACCUUGUACACGGUUCUCGGGGAAUUAUGGUUGCCUUGAGUCUUGCCAGCCUUCGCUCUUCACACAUUGUGUAUCCCUUUGAAAAGAGAAUACCCGAUUAUACUUCAGUGGUAUGGUUUUUUCAGCCCUGGCGCAGAUCUUUAUUCGUGGUCAUUUGUCCGUUUUCUUCCAUCUCUUUUCUACUAGUUCUUAUGGUUGAAGUAGACCUUACAUUUCUCACCUUACUAUAGUGUGCAUUGUUCUACAGUACAUAGUGGAAGCGCCAGACCAAGUUAAGAGUUACUAGUCAUUAUGAAUCUGGAUUCGCACACAACAAUUAUUAUGACUGUAUCACCGACCUAUGCGACAUACUUUUAGCUGUCACCAAUUGCCUGUUUCAAUAACAAGUUGUAUUUUUACCAGA